GCGUCCUGCCCCUCCAUAACACAUCUGCCUAUUGAGCUCUAGCCACGGGACACCAGAGAGGAAAAGAGCGAAGCUGAAUAGUGAAAGGAUGUUUUCUGUGAUCUGGAGGAUCCUGCUGGAGCUCUUACUGGUUUGGUGGAUGUUUGAAGGGGUCAUCAGGUGUGUGUUUAGUAAGGAGCUAAAAUCUCCCAGCAGUAGGGUGAAGCCCAUGUCACCGUCUGAUUUUCUGGAUAAACUAAUGGGGAAAACAUCUGGAUAUGAUGCUCGGAUCAGGCCCAACUUUAAAGGUCCUCCUGUAAAUGUCACCUGCAACAUUUUUAUCAACAGCUUUGGUUCCAUCACAGAGACCACCAUGGAUUAUCGGCUGAACGUUUUUCUACGGCAACAGUGGAAUGAUCCACGGCUGGCUUAUAAAGAGUAUCCAGAUGAUUCCCUGGAUCUGGAUCCAUCCAUGCUGGACUCCAUCUGGAAGCCAGACUUGUUCUUCGCCAAUGAGAAAGGCGCCAACUUUCAUGAGGUCACCACGGACAACAAGCUGCUGAGGAUUUUCCAGAAUGGAAAUGUGCUGUAUAGCAUCAGACUCACUCUAAUUUUGUCGUGUCCUAUGGAUCUGAAGAAUUUUCCAAUGGACAUACAGAUUUGUACUAUGCAGCUAGAGAGCUUUGGCUACACUAUGAAUGAUCUGAUAUUUCAGUGGUUGGAUGAAGGCCCAGUGCAAGUGGCCGAUGACCUUAUGCUGCCCCAGUUUGUCCUGAAAGAGGAGAAAGACCUGGGAUACUGUACAAAACAUUACAACACUGGUAAGUUCACUUGUAUAGAGGUGAAGUUUCAUCUGGAGAGGCAGAUGGGUUAUUACCUGAUCCAGAUGUACAUUCCCAGCCUCUUAACUGUUAUCCUGUCGUGGGUCUCCUUCUGGAUCAACAUGGAUGCUGCCCCGGCCCGGGUUGGGCUGGGCAUCACUACAGUUCUCACCAUGACAACACAGAGCUCUGGAUCGAGAGCAUCACUGCCUAAGGUGUCCUAUGUGAAAGCCAUUGACAUCUGGAUGGCAGUGUGCUUGCUGUUUGUCUUUGCUGCUUUGCUGGAGUAUGCAGCAGUUAACUUUGUAUCUCGGCAACACAAAGAAUUCUUCAAACUGCGGAGAAAACUACGGGAGGAACAACGCUACAGAGCUGCCGGUCAGGCUGGAGGAGCAGAGACGAAGAACAAAAGCAACAACGUCACAGGGAGCACACCAAGCAAAAGCGCACAACGCAAAUGCAGUGCCUGUGCACGGGAAGAGCAGUUAGCCUCGCAGAAUCAGGACCUGUACUUCACGGGAUACGAGAUGGACACCUGUCUGUCUGGGGACGGGCCUCUCUCUGAGGCUGCUGCCAUGUUUGCGGGCCUGCCGCCUGGCCACAUUCUGUUUGACAUCCGCCGGCGCUUUGUGGAACGAGCUAAACGGAUCGACACCAUCUCACGAGCCGCCUUCCCGCUCAGCUUCCUUGUUUUCAAUGUGCUCUACUGGUUCACGUACAAAGUGCUUAGAAACGAGGACAUUAUCCCUGCACUGCGACCCUGACAGCCUUUACGACUUAUGAACUUCCCAGUAUCCCAGUUAAAAUCCAGUGUGAGGAUGAGAUCCUGUAUCAAGGACAUUGAAAAUCAACACGUUUUCUCUGCAUGAGUGAACUACAGUAUAUGCAUGUGUCUAAGAACACAAAGACCAUAUAAACCUUUAGUUUAUAUGCAGAAUGACUGAAACACUCCAAUGAAAGUCUUGUGUUGCAUUAAGC